AAGGAUAGAAAUAUACACAAUCAGUCAAUCACUCACUUUAAUCACUUCUAACCCCUUUCCAGCUAAAAAGAAAAAAUAUGUCUGAGCUUCAACCACCAGUAGAUACUCAAACCAACGGCGGCGAUCCUCCGGCCGGAGCUCCACCAGACACCACGACGCCUGUGGCCGGACCACCAAAACGACAGCGUAGACCAAGUGUCCGAUUAGGCGAUAUCGGAGUUCGAAAUCAAAGAAGAACCAAACAUCAUCAAUGGAAAGAUUCAAAAUCAUGGAAAACAGGUAAGGACUUUUCGAAAUCGAGUAAAGCGUUUUCGAGCUCGAAAAGGGUUAGGACUAAUUGGGAUGACUUUGAUUAUAAUGAUGAUAAUGAAAGUUUGAAUUUUGAUGGACCAUAUGAUGAUGUUAAUGAUAAUGAUGAUGAUGAUGGUGUUAAUGAUGAUAAUGAUGAUAAUGUGGAAAGAAAUGGUGUUAGGGUUUGGUUAAAUCAAUUAGGAUUAGGAAGGUAUGCACAUAUUUUCGAGGUACAUGAAGUCGAUGAUGAGGUUUUGCCUUUGCUCACAUUGGAAGAUCUUAAAGAUAUGGGGAUAAAUGCUGUUGGGUCUAGGCGAAAAAUGUUUUCUUCUAUUCAAAAGCUCGGUAAAGGGUUUUCGUGAUGAAGUGAGACGAGGACGUAAGGUUAAGAAGCGAAAAGCUGAAAACUGGUUUGAUCCCUUCUUUUGUAUUAUAUAUAAGUUUUAGGGUUAAUUUGCCUUAUUGGUUUUUACUUUGUAUGAUGUGGUUUUGUGAUGUAUAUAUUUGUAGUUAGAUAAGGUUUAGCUGUGUAAUUGUUGUUUAAGAGAAGAAUGGGAAUAAAGUGUAUAUCUUGUAGUUCAAGAAGUGUUAAAUGAUGUAGAUGGUGUGAAAUGAUGUUAUUGAUAUGAAAAUUGGUACUUGGUUUAUCUAUAA